CCACACCGCGCCGGGCGCCGGGGAAACUGCGGACGCGCGCGCGUCGCACUCCUCCGACAGUUGCCCCUCUGCCGGGCACCCAAGCUCGGCUGGUCUCGCCGCCUUUCGCCUCCCCCCUCCCCAAUACCCAAUCGCAGAGCAGGGGAGGGGGGAGGAGCCUCGGCUCGCCUUCGGCCGCCAGCCCCCGGGCGUGGGAGGGGCGGGGCCGCGAACCUGGGACUUCGGCCCGGCGCGUCCCGGGCGGCAGGGCACGGAGGAGCCAUGACCGCGCUGCCGGAGCCCCAGGUUCGCGAUAGCUGCACCUCGCUGGGGCUGAUGCUGUUGGUGGUGCUGUUCAUAGGGUUGGCACGCGCGAUCGCUCGGAGGCAGCUGCUCAGGCCCGCAGCCCACGCUUUUAUCUUGGAGUUUCUAGCCACCUUCCAGCUCUGCUGCUGCACCCACGAACUGCUGCUGCUGAGCGAGCAGGACCCUGCGCACCCCACCUGGACGCUGACGCUCAUCUACUUCUUCUCGUUAGUGCACGGUCUGACUCUAGUGGGCGCCUCCAGCAACCCGUGCAGCCUGAUGAUGCAGAUGAUGCUUGGGGGGAUGACCCCUGAGAUGGGGACGCUGAGGUUCUUGGCUCAGCUGGUGAGCGCCAUGUGCAGCAGGUACUGCAUGCGUGCCCUGUGGAGCCUGGGUCUGACUCAGUAUCACUUCAGCGAGAGGAGCUUCGCUUGCCAGAAUCCCAUCCACUCUGACUUGUCCAAGGCGGUUAUUACAGAGGCCAUCUGCUCCUUUAUCUUCCACACUGCUGUGCUGCACUUCCAGGAGGUUCGAGCCAAACUUCGUAUCCACCUGCUAGCUGCACUCAUCACCUUUUUGGCCUACGCAGGAGGAAGUCUAACUGGAGCUCUGUUUAAUCCAGCUUUGGCACUUUCACUUCAUUUCAUGUGUUUUGAUGAAGCUUUCCUUCGAUUUUUUACAGUAUAUUGGCUGGCUCCUUCUUUAGGUAUACUAUUGAUGAUUUUGAUGUUCAGCUUUUUCCUUCCAUGGCUUCAUAACCACCAAACAAGUAGUAAAAAAGACUAACUAUUCCAAAAGCUCAGACUAAGUUACAGGACAUUCAAGUUGGAUGUGAUAGAUUUCAUAACCUCAUACUCAAAAUACUAGCUGCACUGGAUUCAUCAAUGUUUUAACUUCCAUUGAGGAAGUUGUCUUAAAAGUUUUCAUCACUGGGACUUAAAAUUACUGUAAAAAUGAGGUAUUCUGUAUUUCUCACUUAAGACUUGUUCUUUUGAGUGAUGUAUUAAAUGCUGCUUAAAAAAAGACUCAUUCAUUAAAGUUCACAUAAACCUCAA